CCCUUCUCUCCCAUGUUUCCUGACCCCCACAAAUACACACAUCAUAGGCUGCUAACAAACAUAAGGACAACCUAGGGCUUGAUUUGCUCUUUUGACAGCCUAGCCGUGUGUUUUUUCCCUUCCCUGCUGGUACUCGGUCCCAGUUGGUGGUGUAUUGUUUUUUCUCAUAUGUCACUUUAAGCAACAGGUGCCAUUUUUUGCUGCUUUGUAGGAGCCCUGGCACAAGCGCGAGUUUUAUUGGGACUCUAACAGGAAAGGCACACAGAGACACAGUGGUGUUUCGAUUGGAAAACUAUUCUGGACCCGGGGAAUUGACUCUUGAGAUUGUGUUUUCAGCCUGUUAGUGCAUGAGAGAGAUGGAAGCACGGUCCACCACCACGACUACCAUAGUAGAGGCCAAAAAUGACGUGAGCUCACAUUCAGUACGUUCGUCCAAGCGCACCAUGACUGAUGACCUCUACUCCACGUUCAGCUCCCCCAUGGCCUGGAUCCUCGUGCUGGCUCUUAUCAUAACCUGGUCAGCCGUGGCCAUCAUUAUGUUUGACCUGCUCGACAGCAAGGGUCUUGAAGGACCUCAGCCACAUCGUGUCAGGAAAACAUUAAAGGAAGCAGGCAGCCUUAGAGGAGGCAUUCACCACAUCAGCCCUGAAAAAGCAGUGAGCGAAGCCAUGGAUGACUCUUCCGACUGGAUUACAUCCAUCUUGACUUUUAUGACUAAUUUGGUAGCGCCGGAAGAAGAGGAGGAUGAAGGCGAGCGUCAUUUUGUGAAGAAAAAAGGAGAAUUCCUGCCACCAAGGAAAAAAGUUACAGAAAUAUGGGCCAAGGAGAUGCUAGAAGAGGAAGGGGAAUACUUGGAGGACGAAGAGGAGGAGGAAGAGGAGGAGAUGGAUACUGAUGAAGAGGAAGAAGACUAUGAGGAAGAAGAGGAAGAAUAUGACGAGGAGCUCGAGGAGGAGGAGGAAGAGGAGGAGGAGCUUGAGGAAGAAGAGGAGGAGGAGCUUGAUGAAGAAGAGGAGGAGGAGCUUGAGAAAGAAGAGGAGAAAGAGCUUGAGGAAGAAGAAGAGGAUGAGGAGGAUGAAGAGGAGAAAGAGGAACCUGGGGUGAAGGUGGUGGAGGAGGAGGAGGAAGAUGAAGAGGAGGCAAAAGAAGAGAAGGAGAAAAAAAAGGAGGAGGAAGAUGAAGAGGAAGCUGAAGCAGAAGAGGAGGAAGAUGAAGAAGCAGCAACAGAAAUUGCUGCUAAGGAAAAGAAGAAAGAGGAAGCUGGAGCAAAGGAGGAGGAUGAAGAUGAAGAAGAGGGAAAAGAAGAAAAGUCUGAGGAAAAGGAGGAAGAGGAACCUGAAGCAAUGGAGGAGGAUGAAGAGAAAGAGGAGGCUGAGAAAAAGGAGAAACAGGAAGCUGGAGCAGAGGAGGAAGAUGAAGAUGAAGAGGAGGCUAAGGAAAUGGAGGGAGAUGAAGCUGAAACAAGCAAAGAAGAAGCUCCUGAGGAUGAAGAAGAAAAGGAGGAAGAAGAAGCUGAAACAGACAAGGAAGAAGCUCCAGAGGAUGAAGAAGGAAAGGAGGAAGAGGAAGAUGAAAAGGAGGAAGCUGCUUCUGCUGCACCCGAAAAGAAAGCUGCUCCGAUCCCUGCAGCUCCUAAAGAAGCUGAGGAAGCUGAUGAAGAGGAUGAUGACAAAGAUGCUGAAGCUCAAGAAGAACCACCAGCUGGUAAAGUCACUCCAGCUGAAGAAGACGAAACAGAGACACCUAUCGCGGUGACUCCUACUACGGACGAUGACCAAAAAGAUGACCAAAUUGAGAAGAAAGAGGAUGACGAUGAUGUCCAAGAUGCUGCUAUCGCCAUUGCUCUUGGUAUUGUAGCUGAGGUUGAAGAACAAGCAACUGGUGAGGAACCUAUACUUAUUAAAGCUGAUGGUGAUGCAGCAAUAUUAACAGCUGUAGAGGAGAGCGCUGCUAAAGCUGACGACUCACAAGAUAGCUUAAGCACUGCUGGUAUCGCAUCCGAUGAUGAUGAUGACGAUGAUGAUGAGAUAGCUAAAGAGUUAGAAGAUGAGACUGGUGUUGGCCUGAAAGAUGCUGACUCUGAAAAAGAUACACCAAGUAAAGGUGAGGGUGUUAUUGAGGAACCUGAUGAUGGUGUUGCAGAUAAGAAAGAGGCAAAUAAAGAAAGAGAGGAUCAGAUAAAUGCUGAGGAUGAAGAUGAUGAUGAUGAUGCUGAUCUAGUAACAGCACCUGUAGUUAGUCCUGAAGCAGGUGGAGAUGAGAAAGCUGUGGUGGCCGAUGAAGAUGGCUCUUCACCAGAGAAAGCUCCUGAAGCCAAAGACACUGAUGAAGUGGACACAGAAGAAACGGCUGAAGACAUAAAAACCCUGAAAGAGGAGGAGAAAGAUGAAAAGGAAGAAAGUGCAGAGCGAGAGGAAAUUGCAGAAAAAGCAGCAGAACCAGAACUGGUCGCUAAGGCCACAGCCGAGGAGGUGAAAGAAGCAGCAGCUGAGAAACCUGUGGCAGAGGCGGAAAAAGAAGACAAGCAAAAAGAGCCCUCUACCUGUCCUUGCAUGCAUUCACAAAUACAUAAAGAGCCUCAGAAAGCCCAAGACAGUAAACCAAAAGACGAAAAAGCUGAACCUGACAGAGUGAAGAAAAGAGCUAAAAGAGUCAUCAUAGAGCACAAAAAAGCUGACACCAAGAAAAAGGAGACUCUGCUUAAACAGAGAAAAGAAAAAGAGGCUCCAGUAAGAACAAGACUAGAAAAAGCAAAGAAAGCUCCAAAAGCAAAGGCAGCAGCUGUCAACAUACCCAAAAAGAGAUCCAGACCCUCAGAGGACAUGGAAGUGUCAGCAGCUCCAGCUCCGAUACAGGAGCUUCCUAUGUGCCGACCAACUCCUGUGUACUGCCCAGCGCCCCCUGGCUGGUAUGUUCAUCAUAUAGUUACCAGUAGCCCAUUACCACCAUCGGCUAUUCCAGAAUCAGAAAUUCCUAUUUUAACAACUCAUCAAGCUCCCACUAUAUUGAAAGACCCAGAAGAUGCAAAGGAAAAGCCAAAACAAGCUUCUAAAAAGAAAGAACCAGCUCCUCCGAAAGAAAAAGCCAAAGCAGCUCCAGCUAAAAAAGAACCCACAGUUACUAAACCUAAAGUAAAACCUACAGUGGCAAAGAAAGAGCCAAUAGCUGUGAAAGCGAAGCCUAAAAGGACAGAGAGAGUGAUCACUAAAGAAAGGGCAAAACCUUCUUCUAAGAGAGAGCCAGCAGUAACAAGGAAGGCAAGAGUUACAGCAACCAAACACAAAGAAGAAAAAUCUGCAAAGGUAGUGAAGCCCACUGCACAGGAAGAAAAAUCUGCAAAGGUAGUGAAGCCCACUGCAGAGGUCAAGAAGAAGUCUACCUCAAUGCUUAAAGCCAAGCAAGCCAUUAAAGAAAAAGUUGCAGAAAAACCUGAACCUGCUGAGAAGAAAACAUCUGAAGAAACCAAAGAGAAACCAGCAGCCGAAGCACCGGCAGCAACCAAAGAGUUGAAUGUGGAAGAGAAUGUGACGGAGGGCAAAAAGCCAGGCAAGAUACCAUACUUCCAGUGUGUUUUAAUGAGUUCGAAAUCCGGUCAGUAUCCACUGCGACCCAUGUCCCCUGCUAUGAGUCCAGCUAUUAACCCCACCAUGAUGAGAGCCAUGAUGGAGCAGCGGGCAGCAUUACUGCAGCAGAAAGCCAGAACAGGCGGUCAGUAGCUGGACGACAGACCUAUCCAGCCCAGGCAUUAAAAACUGCUUAUGAACUGCUGUUGAGACAGAGCUGCUGCUGUUGUGCUCUCAAGAGCAAUCCACUUAGACCAUUACAGAUACUUUAAAAAUUAUGGUUUUCCAGUCCUCCAUCAUGUGGCAUUUGAAUUAGGUCAUUUUUUUUUUUAAUUUUGCUAAAAAUUAACAUCAAAACUAAAUAAUCAAUGUACAUUUGGGAAUAUAAUUAACACAUAAAAGCCUGUCAAAAAACGUGUUAGUGGUUAGAUUUGUUUUUUAUUACUAUUAUUAUUAUUGUUAUUAUUAUUAAUAAUCAAGAUCUUAAAUCAUCUGUUUACAUUUGUUGCAGGGAAUAUGAUGUAUGUUUUUUACUCAGCGCCAGAGCAAAUUUAGAACUGCUUAAAUAUUUAAGCAUUGCUCUAAUUACUCGAGAUAUUUAUUUUUCUAUGUCAGAGUAUAUGAUCCCAUUACGGAAAGAAAUCUAGCAGCGCACAUUCACUAAGGGCCCUUAUCUUUCGGUCCAGGCCAUUUCCUGCUAAUAAGAUUAUGUGUAGUGUGUCUGGGUUCUACCAGGGUCUGCAAUCUUUCUGCAUUUGUAUGCAUGGCCAUUAGAAAACAGGAGGACGCCAUUUGGACCGAAUCCGAUUCCUAUCUUAGCCUAUGAGAAGAGCUUACAUCCUCAUAGAACUGAAAGAGACAUUAAGAAAUGAAGGCACACGAAAGCCAACAGUCACUAAAUAAUAAAAGGCUUUCUCUGUAUACUUGACUGAGACUUCUCGAGUAUAUGUCUUGAGUUAAUUGAAACUCUUUACUGGGAGCUAUUAGAUUUACUGAAGUGAAUUUAAUAGUGUAUGUCUUUGUUGAAGAUUUAUGCACAGGUUAAGCCAAAAGCAAUUUUGCUACUUGUGUACAGUUAAUGCAUACAGUGUUUUACAGUAUUUAUUAUAUUAUUCUAGAUCAGUGGUCUUCAUCAUUUUUUAAACUGCAAGAAUCUCUUUGUGAAUUGGCCGAAAGUCUAAUGUGUAUGGCACAAUACAGUAUUGGCAUACGUUGUUUUGUUUAUCAAGUGAAACAGCCGUUAUUAUUAAUAAUAUUUAAAAUUAAAAAAUGAAAUAAAUUAAAUUUAUUUUGAUAAAUGGUGAAACUUUCAGAAUUUCUGUGGCCCACAAUACUAGCAAACAUAUAAUCAGACAAAAUAACAUUAAGGCUACGAUAUAGUCAACCCCACACCCUCUUUUUUAUGUGUUUUGGGUUGGUUUAUUUACUCAGUUUUACUUUAAUAAUUGUGUUUUUGUUUUUUUUUUGUAUUGUACUGCUUUUAUGUUAAUGCUCUGUAUUUGAUAUUCAUCUGCAUUAUUUACAAAUAAGAAAAAUCUAUAAAAGGUUUAAAUAUUAAAAUGCAAUAGAUAUUUAGAAUUAAUUAAAAUAUAAACAAUGAUUAUUAUCAAUAUAAAUAAGUCAUGCUCCAUGUUCUUGUAGCUUACUUUAAAUUAGGCAUGGGAUGAUAACCGGUUUCAAGGUUUACCGUGGUUUGGAAAAGUCAAGUUUUAAAACCGCCAGAAUUCUGGUAUAUCGUUUCUUACAGCAUAUGUACAGUUUUUUUUUAUGUGUUUUUUGCAACUAUUUUAUUUAGUUUUUUUAGAACAACAAUAUCUCCAGCAGUAAAGGACCUUCUACAUCAAGUGCUACUAGUCUAAAAUAUUUGAAAUGUUUCUUAAAAUAAAAUAUAUUGUUUUUAAUGUGGUAAAAAAAAAUUGUUGUUUUCUACACAGACACUUAAAAAAAACUGAAAGAAAGAAAUGCACAAUACUGUGCAACCCUGAAACAGUGAUAUUUUUAUCCAAGGUUAUCACACCGUCACAAUCUUAUACCAGCCCAUGCCUACUUUAAAUAUAUAAAAUUUUUUAUAUGUUGAUAAGACAAUUAAUUAAGCAUUAUAAUAAUUAUAUACAAUUAUAAUUAAUAAUCAUUAUGCUAGACGGUGCUUACAGAAUUUGCCAACUAGGAUUUUUGAAGGUAAAAAAUUAUGAAAAGAUAUGAAAUCCAUUGCAAAAAUAAAAAGGCAUGUAAAAAUAUGCUGAAUCCAAACUGCAGAUCUAAAAAUCAGCACCAUGAUUUUAUAAUUUUCUUUCAAUCUUACAUUUGACUUUAAUCACGAUCGCAAAAAAACAGUUUGCUUCAUGAAACAUUUUUUGUCCACCUAUUUUAAAUUAGUCCGACAUUUUGCUUUAUUUUGGUAGCCUCUUUGCCUUAAGCUGUGUAAACAUCAUCAAAUUCAAAUAAAUUCUUGAGAUCAGCCAUUACAUUUUGAGUACUAAAAUGUGGUUACCAGCUGAUAAUUUAAGGGAUAACUAACUAAAAAGCAGUCCUAUUAAAGACCCUUUUUCUAGAUAACACUGUACUGUAAAACACAGUAGCAGAAUAAUGACAAUGUUUGUGUUGAUGACAUUACUUUGACCAACAGUGAUUUUUUGAAUAUGGUGAUCCGAGGUCACGAUAUAUUCUUGAAGGCUUCUUUUCCUUGUUAUUUUUGCUCUGAACAGUGCAAUUAUUGCAAUUAUGACAAUUUAUUAGCCAGAAAUACUGUGUCUUAUCCAAGAGCACAAUGGCGUAUUAUUCUUUAUUUUCAGAAACUUAAGGAUUGGUAUGACCUAAAAUAUAUUUAAGGUUUUCAAAAGUAUCAGCUUUGAUACCAAUCAGUACUGAAAUGUUAAAAUUGUGACAAUACUAGAAUUUACCGCUUUUAUUUUGACCUCUGCAGAGUUCUUGAACACUGUUGAUUGGCCAUUGAAUUAACGUGCUUAGACCUGACUGUGUCAACCAUCAGUUUAUCUAUCAGUAGCAGUGUGUGAAUUUUACACAGACUUUUUUUUUUUCAGUAGUACGCAUGCGCCCGUGAACCAAAUUAAAUUAUUUUAUUCAAUUAUCUCAUUGGUCAAUCAAAAGUUUUCAGUAUUU